AUGUCUGGUUCACCCGCCAGAGACACACCCCGUCUUGAAAACGUUGAUACUCACGAUUCCCAGAGCGUCACCUCUUCACAGGGACCCUCGGUCAUAACAGUAUCAGCCAAUACUAGCCUACAAUUCCCCCCUUCUGGCACCUGCGGAAAAAGCAUCCGCACGCGAAAUGCACAAUUACGUCCGGGGAUUGUGCAUCCACAAGGAAUCCACCCAGUAUUAUAUCGCGUAAAAUCCCUAUUUGGUACGGGAGCGCGCCUUGAAACCGUGCACAUGGAGGUUCCCCUACCCGAUCGCAUGGACCUCCACACUGUCAUGCUUGACCAAUUCUCCGUCAACAUCCUAACCGGAAAACAUCGGAUCGAUGUCUUCCACAUUUUGAUUGGUGACCUCGUAUUGGUAUACACCCUACUACCGUCCACCAAGUACAUGAGAGAACGUCUCCCCUACCUAGAAACCGUAGAAGAGGCGAGUCACCACCGCAAGCCUACAAUAUGGCGCGUGGACGAAUUUGCUUUUAUUCACCGAGAUCUUACUGAGACACUCGGAUACAUCGUUUCUGUCACGUCAAUCUAUUCUAGCCAACACACAGGUCACCAUCAAGACUGUUGA